CAUCGGGCGUCGUUCAAUGUCAUAGGUCAAGCGCGUGGUGUACACGUAUCUGAUGGAUCCUGCAACAAAGCAGAAUGUACCUCCUUCUCACACGCAUGGCUUGAAGCUUGACUUGCUGUUCAUGCUCGAUCUCACUGGUAGCCAACAACCCUACAUAGACUCGGUCAAAUCAUCCAUCAACGCAAUCUGCGCGGAAAUACUGGGAUCAGAUCAUCUGAAUUCAGCUCGGCCAGGCGAUCUUCGUGUCGCAUUUAUUGGGUUCCGCGAUCAUUUCCCCCAGGAAGAUUCUUUUGUUACCCGCCAAUGGGACUUUGUGUCGGAUCUCACUCGAAUUCACGCAAACUUGAGAAGUCUUCCUGGUGCUGAUGGUGGUGGAGAUGGUCCAGAAGCUGCAACAGCAGCUCUAGCACGAGCUUUAACGAUGGGGUGGAGGAAUGACUGCAACAGGGUCGCUGUGUUAGUCUCGGAUGCUCCGCCCCACGGUAUUGGAUCUCAGGGUGAUUACUGGCCCAAUGGUGUACCGGGUGUUCCGGACCCUCUUGAUUUGGCAAGAGAGAUGCUCAAGAAGAAGAUCACUUUACACUUCAUCGCUUGCGAGCCAAGUUUGAGUCGCUUUCAUAACGCGCUCGAUUUUUACCGUGGUCUGACCCGCAUAACGGCGGGCAUCGUAGUCCCACUACUUGAUUCCAGGGUCAUGUCAACCUGUAUCAUCGGCUCUGCUCUCGAAAGUCUUGCGAUUCAGGAUCUCAUCAACGAAUACAGGGAAACCCUCGAUGAAUUGGUUGCUUCACGAGAACCCUCGUUGGUGGUGAAAUACCUUCACGCCCUAAUGCACGUCAGAGGUCGGACAGCUGACCAGCUGAUUAUGGAGAAUAUCUAUGACAUGUCUGACGACAGCAAGGAAAAUGUAGAAAUCUGGUCAUCAGCCCGUAACCUCGCUGAUGCGAAGGCUCGAUUGAAUUCCUACUAUUAGGUGAAUGACUGAACAGGAGGGUAGUGCUAGGCGCAAAAUUGUGUAGGAUACGUUUUGAAGUAGCCUGCGAUCAGGUUUGUACAUGUAUAAAAUUCCCGAU